CAAAUUUAAAAGAAUUUUUUCUCUCUAAAACUUGAGUCUUUACUCAUUUUCAUAUUAACUUGACAGAGUUGUUUGUUGUAAAAUAUGAGUCAGAUGGUGAAAAGGUCUAGUCUUUUUUGUUAGGCUAAUGUGAAACCUUUAAAAAAUAUAUAUUCACUAUUCACUAUUUGAUAAAUAGUCGUAAGAUAUUUUGCUUUGUAAACCUAUUUUCUUGUUGUUAUUAUAUAUUUGGUAUUGGUUAUUCUUUUUCUGAAGCUUUUUGCCGUCUAAGCUUUGAAGUGACACCCGGGAAGUGAAAUCCUGGUGUGUUCUUCAUCUGGGUCUUCUCCAAUGGCGAGUUGGGUUUUGUCAGAAUGUGGAUUAAAGCCUCUCCCUCAAAAUUUUCCUCGGCCCAGAACGGGAGUUACCGCGAGCAACCCAACCAAGGCUCGGUUUUUGAGUUUUAACAAGAGCUCGGCGGAUCUUAGAUUCCCGAAGCUGAAUUUCUCUACUGGGUUUUUGAAGAGGAGGAAUUUUGAGGUGAGAGUGAGCGCGCCAUUGAAGGUUGCUUCAGUAGAAGAGGAAGAUAGAUUAAAAGAUAUCGUUAAUGGAGUUGGAGAAGAAGAGGGACUCGAAUUUGAUCCUGGCUCGCCUCCACCUUUCAAAUUGGCUGAUAUUCGAGCCGCUAUUCCAAAACAUUGUUGGGUUAAGGAUCCUUGGCGGUCUAUGAGCUAUGUGGUGAGAGAUGUGGCAAUCGUUUUUGGGUUGGCUGCGGCUGCGGCUUCUAUUAACAACUGGGUUGUUUGGCCUCUGUACUGGGCUGCUCAGGGGACUAUGUUUUGGGCUCUAUUUGUUCUCGGCCAUGACUGUGGCCAUGGAAGCUUUUCAAACAAUCAUAAGCUAAACAGCGUAGUUGGGCAUCUCUUGCAUUCCUCAAUUCUUGUCCCUUAUCAUGGAUGGAGAAUUAGCCAUAGAACUCAUCACCAAAACCAUGGCCAUGUUGAGAAUGAUGAAUCAUGGCAGCCGUUGCCUGAAAAAAUUUACAAGAACUUGGAUAACAUCACAAAAAGUUUGAGAUUUACUGUACCAUUUCCAAUGCUUGCAUACCCUUUCUACCUUUGGGGAAGAAGUCCCGGAAAGACUGGUUCUCAUUUUCAUCCAGAUAGUGACUUAUUUGUUUCUAGUGAGCGGAAAGAUGUGAUCACUUCCACUUUAUGUUGGACAGCUAUGGCUGCUAUACUUGUUGGUUUGGGCUUUGUAAUGGGUCCUAUUCAAUUGAUUAAACUCUAUGGUGUUCCUUACUGGGUUUUUGUCAUGUGGCUGGAUUUGGUGACAUACUUGCAUCACCAUGGCCAUGAAGAAAAAUUACCAUGGUACCGAGGAAAGGAAUGGAGUUACUUAAGAGGAGGGCUUACGACACUUGAUCGCGAUUACGGAUUGAUUAACAACAUUCAUCAUGAUAUUGGAACACACGUAAUCCACCAUCUUUUUCCUCAAAUUCCUCACUACCACUUGGUGGAAGCAACUGAGGCAGCUAAACCAGUGAUAGGAAAAUACUACCGAGAGCCGAAGAAAUCCGGACCUCUACCAUUUCACUUGAUAGGUACUUUGAUCAGAAGCAUGAAACGAGAUCACUAUGUUAGUGACACUGGUGAUGUUGUCUACUACCAAACUGAUCCUGAUCUUAAGUGAUCUUUCAAGUUCAAGUAAAGCUUCAAUUCCAUAUAAGUUCUCUUGGAAAAACUACAACAAAAGCCUUCAAAAAGUUCUCUAGCUUUGACAUUAACAAUUGUCUGAGCUUUUGGUACCCACUUAAAGGGAUCACACCAAAUUUAUUGUUGCUCUGCUUAUUCCUUAAAAAUUAGCUAAGAAGUAUACAUGUAGUGUUCCCAUUUAUCUUAGUGCUGCUAUAUAGUGAAGAAUUUUUUUGUAUAUCAUAGAUUAACAAUAAUUUUAAAGGAAGCAUCAUUUUCCAUUUUUACACUUAA